GAUUUAUCUGAGAAGUACCGGCUGUUGUAUGAUAGUGUACCGAGAUGGACAUGCUAUAUGGCCGACACCGCAAAUCCAUCGUGGACAUUGAAGGAGAAUUAUUAGACAUAUUCUACGACCACCCGGAAUCCCAUGAGAACGAAGCAGGACAGCCCGUUAUACCCGCCAACCACCUUGUCGACGUCUUUCGCACCUACUCCGAAAAUCACGAUGGACUGGAGCUCAUCACGGCGGAGGAGGAGGAACAGCUCAAUCAGCUGAUCGAGAGCAACCCCGGGCUGGAGGUGACGCCGCAGGUGCUUAUUGAGUUCAUAGCCAUGCGUGCUGCGGCAAAGGCACGCGAGGAAGCGGAGCACGGAGAGCAGCAGGAAACGGACGAGCGUGACGAGGAGGGCGGCGGGUCGGAAGGAGAGCGGGGUAGGACGGCGUACUGGGAGGGCGGGGGCGGCGACCGUUCGCGCUCCUCGAGUGAGGACUCAGCGGGUACCUCAGUUUACAGGAGCAGGCCGCCUUCCCGGGGCCCGCCGGUUCCUCCCAAGACUCCUAGCACGCCGUCGACGCCGUUCGACGCGUCCAGGAGGCAGAGGACGACCCCGCUCGGGCCUCCCUCGAGCUGGACAGCGAAGCGUCCCAUCCCGGCAGCGCGCAGGAAGAGCGUGGAUGGAGGUCACUCCCGUGCUCUAAGCGACUCGGAGUUUGCCUCCGAUAGCCCUAGCGCGUACAAGACUGGCGGCCGACGCUCCCGGGCACCCUCUAACCCUGUCUCUCCCAAAUCGUCCUCACAACCCAAUCUGCCCACCAUGGAUCACUACGUCGGAUCGCCCCCUUCCUCGUUCAGCCGUCCCCCCUCCCGACCGCAAUCCCGUUCCGCGUCUCGUCAGUCUCAGCGCUCCAACAGUAUCGGCGGGCGAAUCUUCAGCACCCCCUCACCCCACGGAGACGACUCUGGCACGGGCAUCACACCUCCUUCGCCGGAGAUUGACAUCAGCAGCCAUAGGUUCCGCCACCAACAGGAGGACGACGACCUUUCGCACGGCGUCAAUUCGCUGCCCAUGCCGCGAGGGGACGACUCGGACUCGGACUCGGAUAACGAGGACCGAACGAUGGGGCUGGUGAUGGACCGGUCUGCUGCCUCGUCGACUGUCUCUCUGGAGCCGAGUGAGAGGUUGGAAGCCCUUCAGAAGACCAAUCAGGAGCUGGGGAGAAAGUUGUACGAGGCGGAGCGGAUGCUGCAAUUGCGACUCAAUGAGCACGAGCUGGAACUGGAAGAGAUGCAAAGCCGGUUGGAAGAGGCGAAGAGUGAACUGAGUGCGACUAAGAGAGAGGAGAAGGAGCUGAGGGCUAAGGAGAAACAAAACUCCACGCAGAUUCUAGCGCUCGAGUCUGAGAUUGCCAAACUCCAGAAGAGCUUGGACAACUCUCGGACUGCGUACCAGAGUCUGCAGAAGCAGUACCAGGAACAAUGCGCUGAAUCCGAGCGCUACCGCAAUGCCCUCCGUCGCCGCGACGAAGAGAUCAAAGACCUCCAAGAGGCUGCUGCCCUCCAGUCCUUGGAGGGUCAGAAAUGGCUCCGCGAGCAGAACAACUAUGAGGAGCGCAUCACUGUCCUGGAAAACGAGCUCGUUCAGGCGCAGCAAACGCACGCGCAGCUCGAAGAGCAGAAGCAAGAGAACAUGCUGCUCAAGGAGACUAUCGACCGUAUGAGGUUCGAUAUGGACGAGCUGCGUAACAGCCAGGUGCAGGGUGCCUCCGGAGGCGCGGGUGCGAGUGCGAAGAAUACCAUCAGUAAGAGUCUCGGGGCGGAGCUGCUGAGUAAGAUGAAAGAUGGCAUGUGGGACGAAGAAGAAGAAGAGGAGGAGGACGAGGGAGCGCGCAGUGAGGCGACAACCGCUGUUGAGGAGGAAGGAUCUAGUGGGACGGAAGGUGAAGAUGUAAUCCAGACCAUCAUUACCCGCACAAAGAAGAGGGUCGCUCGUUCUGGCAAGGUCGAAAAAGUCACGUUGGAGGAAGUGAAGAAAGAAUACACGGACACCGCUACGCAAUAUGAGGCGGUUGAAUUCCUCGCGACUGCCGGAACUCAGACGGAUCCUGAACCGAAGAUCCUAAGGGCGUCUGCAGUCAUCCAGACCGAAGCACCUCCAGUGCAGACUCUGGAAAUUCAAACAGAACCCGAGCCUGUACCUGCGCCGAAGGUUACCGUUGACAUGGACAUCCAGACUGACAUUGUUGCGGACGACGUUACUGUACGGGAAGAGGAAGGUGCCUCCUCCUCGACGACAGUCGUUCCUCCGACACCCAAGUCGCCAACAGUCGAGCCUCCUGCGCCCGACAUGCCCCCGUCGUACAGCCAGACCCAGCAAGAUGAACAAUUGCGCAUCGCGGCGGAGACGCUUCACAAAUGGCACCCUGGUGUGACCGGGCCUUUCGAGACCGUCGCUACCGGCAUCUCUGAGGAUGCUAUAGAAGAGUGGAAAGCCCUCAAGGAAGAACUCGGCGUCGAUUGCCUUGUUAUCGACAAGAUCCUAGAAGACUCGCCGAAGACUGGAGAGCCUCGCCCGAUGAAGGAUGGCAAGCGACGGAAGAGCGGCCGAUUCUACAACAUCUACAACACCUACGUGUAUGGAAGCAAGGACGGCAACGACUCGCCAUCGGGAAGUAACAUCGCAACUCAGGUUCUUCUAUGCGUUGGUGCAUCGGCCCUCGUUUUCUUAGCCAUGAGGCCGCUCAUGGUACCUCACUAUGUCCACACUGGGCCGUCGUACUACGACCGCAUGGCGUGGAAUACCUUCAACUCUAUGUACCCUCACGGAGAAGGGUUCUCCGCUGACGGCACUGCUGCGGUAUGGAGCCUCUUCGGCCGUAUGGGUGGUGGUGCUGCUCGGAUAGUGAGGGGAUGGCCGACAUAAGUUCCAAAUAUGAGUUCUCAAGUUAUAUGACAUUUAUGCCAUUAUGCCUAUUUAUUUCCAUUUUCCCUUAUCUCCCCUGCUCAUUUAUUAUCGUCUUAUGCUGGUGCUGUUGUUAUGGUAUGAAUGUGGAGGAACUCUUGUAACGUGCGAUGUACCAUACUCACCCACGAGAUACCUUAAGCUUACCUUAGCUAGCCCUGUAAUAAAUUUUCUUGUGUAUACUCAUACACUUUGAUGAAAUACCGACAGCGGAACGGACAACUGAGGGGAUGAGAUCAUGCGUAGUAGGGUAUAAUGAAACACUCCAGUCCGUAAUCUAUGACUUCUCUCUUACUCUAAAUCGUCCAUGCCUACAUGUCUAGGGGUCCUCUCUUACUAUUCUUCGCUGCUAUCUGGGGGUGGGGGUGACGAAGCCAUCGUGACUGAUACCGAUGGUCGCCGUCGUCGGACCUCUAGUGUGAUGGCUUCGUCGUCGCUCUCCUCGUCCUCUUCAUUAUACAUCUGGCUGGUAUUCAAGGUUGGUCGCUCCUCGUCAUCGGAGUUGCGACCGAAGAAGCUACUAGAGUCGUCCUCGAAAUCUUGAUACCUGUUGUCCGAGUAGUAUACUUGUGCCAAGGGACUUGUGGUGUGCGAACGCGGAUGCGCUUGAGCCUGUCUAACAAGAUCUUGUACCGCUGGGUCGGCGGCGGGGGGAACAUCGCCCGUCUCGCUGAACAGGCGUUCGGUUUGGGGAUGUAGGGGUACGAGGGGAUAAGAAGAUGGAGGACUGCUCCCUGUGACAAGGCGAACAGCCGACGCUGCAGGGUGAAGAGGCUCGUUGAGCAGAAUACCUCCCGCUCCAAGAUGCAUAACCUCCUUGUCUACACCAGCGGAUUCCCAUUGAUCAGCAGAAUGCACGCUUGUCACGUCCUCAGAAUGUCGCAUGUACUCGGCGGUCUCGCCCCAGCUAGAGGCUCGUCUCGCUGCAGUCAGCGACUCGGACGCCUUCUCGGACGAAGCGGCCCUCUUGGGUACAAUCGUGAAAGCCUCUUCACUUCUCCUUGCAUAGAGAUCUGCAAUGGGACUCCCUCUGACAUGUGUGCCGCGGGGAGACGACGCCGCAGAUGUGGAGGUUGAAGUAGAUGCUUCGUGAGGAGCGGGCCCGUAAGACGUAUGUCGGCUGGGACGUAGGCUAGUAGGGAUCCAGGAGGAAAGUGAGAAUCGAUUUCGCGAAGGCUCAUCUGGGCUUCUGUCUGCCGAACCUUUCCCGCCGUACGGCGAGUCAUCUCCAAUGCUGCUUGCUGUGGGGCUAGCAGAAUGCGCGGAACGGGGAGUCGGGGGUAGAGCAUGACGUGGUCUAGGGACAAGCAAAGUUUCUGAACCCCGACGCGCUUUCCCAAACGAACCAGCAAUCUGCGCCGACUGGUGUCGCGGACUCGGCAGUCGAUCCGUGGAUCUCGAGCGCAUAUGAGAGAUGACGUCCGGCGACGACUCGUUCUUGUACUCAGGAGCGAGUGGGGCAAGCCGCCGAGCCUUCCCUUUCUCGAGCGACCCUGUCGCCGUGGGCGGCCUGGAGCCCGUACUCUUCGCCCGAGUGACCAUCACAUGCGGUGCAGAUCUCUGGCCUAUACACUUGAAGUCGUCGUCGUCCUCCUCGUGCCUGGAGCGGAACGAGCGCUGCGUGCGCACCGUCUUCCACAGGUUUGAGAUCGGGCGCGUGAGCCGCUUCGUCCACCGGAAGCGCACGUCGGACAUGGCGUCACUCGCGUCGUCCUCCGUGACCGUCACCUGCUCCUCGUUGCUCGGCGACGUCUCGCGUAUCCAGGCGUCUGGGUUUGGGAUGUCGCGCAAAAACCACGGGUGGCGCUUGACCUGGUCUAGGGUUAUCCGCUUCUCGGCGUCUUUCUCGAGGAGGCGCUCGAGGAGGCGGACGACAAUGUUGCCCUCGGUGUCGUGCUUGGUCUUCGGCGGAUGUCUCGGGCCCGACUCUAUCUUAUCCGAGCCCAUGGUCGCGGGCAAAUCCCAGUCCUGGUUGCAUAUCAUCUGGUACACGGGAUACUCGUUCAUGUCCUCGUCAAAGAACGGUGUCGUGCCGAAAAGCAAGCAAUACAGCGUCACGCCGAGCGCCCAGACGUCGAUGGCCUUCGAGAUCUGCCGCUUCGGCGGGGUCAGCGGAGUGACAGAGGUCUGGCCGUCCGCGGACAUGGUCCCGAUUUCGUAGAUGACCUCGG